AUGGGGGGGGGAGAAGGAGAGGAGAGAUGCGGGGAGGGGAGGAGAGGAGGGGGGUGGGGGAGGAGAGGAGAGAUGCGGUGGGGGAGGAGAGGUGAGGUGGGUGGGGGAGGAGAGGAGAGGUGCGGUGGGGGAGAAGAGAGGAGAGAUGCGGGAGGAGAGGAGAGGGAUGAGGAGAGGAGAGGAGAGGAGAGGUGCGGUGGGGGAGGAGAGGGAGAGGAGAGAUGCGGUGGAGGGGAGGGAGGUGCGGUGGGGGAGGAGAGGGGGUGCGGUGGGGGAGGGAGGGGGUGGGGAGGAGAGGUGCGGUGGAGGAGAGGAGAGGAGAGGAGAGGUGGUGGAGGAGAGGUGGGGGAGGAGAGGAGAGGUGGGGGGGGAGAGGAGAGGAGAGGAGAGGUGGGGGAGGAGAGGAGAGGAGAGGUGGGGAGAGGGGGAGAGGAGCCAGUGGGGGGAGGAGAGGAGAGGGGUUCGGUGGGGGAGAGGAGCGGUGCGGUGGGGGGAGGAGGAGAGGUUCGGUGGGGGAGGAGAGGUUCGGUGGGGGAGGAGAGGAGAGGAGAGGUGGGGGAGGAGAGGAGAGGAGAGGUGGGGGAGGAGGAGAGGAGGAUGAGAGGUGGGGGAGGAGAGGAGAUGAGAGAUGCGGUGGAGGAGAGGAGAGAUUCGGUGGGAGAGGAGAGGAGAGGAGAGGUUCGGUGGGAGAGGAGAGGAGAGGAGAGGGCGGGGGGGGAUUGAGUGUGAUGUGUUAUUGGAUGGGGCAGAGGGGUGUGAUACAGCUAUAUACCACUAAACAACAUUUAAUUUGGGACACUAGUGGUACCACAUCACUCGCUCCAAUAAUCUACAAUAGAAUCUAUAUAUUCUGUUUCUACAUUCACAGCUGUCUGACAGCGACAAGCCCUUAGGAGACGAGAUGAGAGGAGAAGAUACAGGACCUGUACACAGCCUUUCUGAAAUUAGCCCACCCAACUACCUCAUCCCCAUAUUGUUAUUUAUUUUGCUCAUUUGCACCCCAGUAUCUCUAUUUGCACAUCAUCUUUUGCACAUCUAUCAUUCCAGUGUUAAUACGAAAUUGUAACUAUUUUGCACUAUGGCCUAUUUAUUGCCUUACCUCCAUAACUUAAUACAUUUGCACACACUGUAUAUAUAUUUUCUGUGGUUUUGUUUACCCCAUAUGUAACUCUGUGUUGUUGUUUUUAUCGCACUGCUUUGCUUUAUCUUGGCCAGGUCGCAGUUGUAAAUGAGAACUUGUUCUCAACUGGCUUACCUGGUUACAUUAAGGUGAAAUAAAAAUUAAAAAAUUGAAAAAGAGAGUGUGUCUGUGUUCUCUGCUACACCCCCCACCCCUCCGUCCCCCCCUCUCUCUUCCUCCAUGUGUAGCCGCUUAUCGCAGUGUGUGUGUGUGUACACAGAUCGACACUGGGCUUGGGUAAACACACACCUGGAUAGGAGUAGGAAGAGACUCCCCAAUAUUGAUUUAGUUAGUCUUCUUCACUGUGUAUAGGGCGUUCACUCACUGCUGUACAAUGUAGAGAAAAAACGGUGCAAUUCAAGAGCGUGCCGUGUUACAAGAUACAUUUCCAAACAGCGUUUUCUUUGCAAUCAUUAGGUUGUUCUCUACAAUAUUAUAACCUUAAUAUACUUGUACUUGACAGUGUUGAUGAAAUAAGAACGUUAAUUUGCUGUGACCGUUGCUAGUUCAGACUGCACCGCUCUUGGGUGUAUCUCUUCCAUAUUUGGUGUUGGGAGGUGGUACCAUUUGGAGGUGUUUGAUUGGUUGGACCAAUCAAAAUAAACUUGAUACCUUUGUCACGUUCACCUCCAGAUCCUUGGCUGUCAUUGGCUAUAACCGCGAUCAAUCUACGUUGAGCGGGGCCGUUGCUAUGGCAAUUUAAAGGGAAAGACUCAGAAAUACACAAUGAAAACAGGAACAGAUUGUCUUCGCGGAGGGUGGAUAUUGAAAUUCAGUCUGUUAGCUUUCUAAAUAAAUAUAUAUUUAGUCCCCAUUUUAGUUUUGUAUUCAGUGGAUUUCAUUUAGAAAAAGCCCAUGUUUUCACUCACGAACCUGCAGCCACUCGUUAGCUUGUCAGUUGACAUUGGAAGAGCAGCAUCACAGGGUUCUCUGGAGCAGUGACCACUUUUUGAUCAUGCCCGUGAUGACAUUCCAUUCACUCUAAACAUGCUAAAUUCUUAGAGUAAAUCGUCUGUAACUUUUGAACCAUAUAUGGUAGAGACAUGGGGUUUGGACAUUAUUUGUAUAAACUUUGAAUUAAUUAAUCAUUUUAUGGGUGAAUACCCUACUGUGUGGUUUUACCAUGGUACACUGUCUCUUCACUGUGUGGUUUUACCGUGGUACACUGUCUCUUCACUGUGUGGUUUUACCGUGGUACACUGUCUCUUCACUGUGUGGUUUUACCAUGGUUACACUGACUCUUCACGUGUGGUUUUUACCUGUGGUUACACUGUCUCUUCACUGUGUGUUUUACCGUGGUACACUGUCCUCUUCCUGUGUGGUUUUUACCGUGGUACACUGUCUCUUCACUGUGUGGUUUUACCGUGGUACACUGUCUCUUCACUGUGUGGUUUUACCGUGGUACACUGUCUCUUCACUGUGUGGUUUUACCAUGGUACACUGUCUCUUCACUGUGUGGUUUUACCGUGGUACACUGUCUCUUCACUGUGUGGUUUUACCAUGGUACACUGUCUCUUCACUGUGUGGUUUUUACCGUGGUACACUGUCUCUUCACUGUGUGGUUUUACCAUGGUGUCAGUGAAGGUGUGUAAACAGGGAAGGAAAAAAGGUGAACAUAGAUGUAUUGCCACUUAACACCACAUCACUGAUUUCCCGUAUUUCUCCUGGUGUAGUUCUGCAGGUAGUGCUAUGAGGUCAGGUGUAAGGGGUAAAGGUUAAAAGGUCAUAAAGGGGGUCAAUCAGUACCUGGUGACCUCUGCCUGCUGUGUGAGCUGCUCCUGGACCUUCUGGCACACCUCUCCGGCCGUGGCGUUGACCUUGCCGAUCUUGGUGAAAAGGGCGGCGAUCUUGUCGCUACGCAGGAAGCCCGCCGCUCGCCGCUUCAACAGGUGGCUCAGACACGCCUCUAUGGUGCCUGGAGGAGAGAGGGAGAGAGAGAGGGAGGGAUAUAGAGAGAAAGAGAGAGAGGGGAGGGAGGGAGAGAAUAUGAAUUUAUUGUCCAUUUACUACAUGAGCAACAGAAAGUGUCUUUCGCCUAUCAUCCUAUUCUCCCCAGCGGGAGGAGCAGCAAAGAGGAUGAGGGAGAGAGGGCAACAGGGAGAAAGAGAAAGGGAGGAGGAAGAGGAAGAGAGAAACACAGAGGGAGACAGGAAACAGGAGAGAGUGAAGACAGAAAAGGAUAUGAAGAGAGGGGGAGGGAGACAGAGGAAGUAGAACAGAAAUCCCAGAUACAAACACUGUUCUUUAAUACACUGUUCCUUAAUAUCAUGUUCUUUAAUAUCCUAUUCCUUAAUAUCAUGUUCUUUAAUGCACUGUUCUUUAAUGCACUGUUAUUUAAUAUCAUGUUCUUUAAUACACUCUUCUUUAAUGCACUGUUAUUUAAUAUCCUGCUCUUUAAUGCACUGUUCUUUAAUAUACUGUUCUUUAAUACACUGUUCUUUAAUAUCCUGUUCUUUAAUAUCCUGUUCUUUUAAUAUCCUGUUCUUUAAUAUACUGUUCUUUAAUAUCCUGUUCUUUAAUAUCCUGUUCUUUAAUAUCCUGUUAUUUAAUAUCCUGUUCUUUAAUAUACUGUUCUUUAAUAUCCUCUUCUUUAAUAUCCUGUUAUUUAAUAUCCUGUUCUUUAAUAUCCUGUUCUUUAAUAUCCUGCUCUUUAAUACACUGUUAUUUAAUAUCCUGUUCUUUAAUAUCCUGUUCUUUAAUAUCCUGCUCUUUAAUACACUGUUAUUUAAUAUCCUGUUAUUUAAUAUCCUGUUCUUUAAUAUCCUGUUCUUUAAUAUACUGUUCUUUAAUAUCCUCUUCUUUAAUAUCCUGUUAUUUAAUAUCCUGUUCUUUAAUAUCCUGCUCUUUAAUGCACUGUUCUUUAAUAUCCUGUUCUUUAAUACACUGCAGCACUCUGCAGCUUAUAUCUUAUUAUGUCUGCAUCCCAAAUGAAACCAUAUUCCCAAUAUAGUGCAGUACUUUUGAAAAUGGACCCUGGUCAAAAGUAGUGCACUAUAUAGGGAAUAGGGUGCCAUUUGGGACACAGACUAUAUUGUAUUAUAUCCACCUGUUGAUGGGAGUUAAUUAAUUACUGAGAAUCUUUCCCCAAUGCACCAGUCUCUCCCUUCAAGAGCACGCACACACACACAAACACACCAAUCUCUCUCCUUUCCACCCCCAGGGCCCGCCCAGGGGAAUGUAGGAAUGAACUUAAGUGUGUGUGUGUGCCUACCAUUGUGUGUGUGUGUGUGCCUACCAUUGUGUGUGUGUGUGUGUGCUUUCACUUUUAAAAUAUUGAAGAGGGGAGGUUGAAGAAUAGAAGGGCAGAAUAACAUUUUAGGGCCCCAAUGGGCCCCUGAAGGUCCUCAAGACGCCAUCUUGUCUGUUCAUCUGUAAAAAAAAAAAAAUGUAUUAAGGGAAACGACAGUCCCUCUACAGCUCCAUCAUAAGCCAUCAAUUAGCAGCAGCUUACCACUUGCCUUGCAGCCUCGCUAACAUAGCAUUAGCCAAAUCAAAAGAAUUUAGCUAGCCGGCUGAAUUUAUCACCCUAGCCGGCUGAAACACAUCCUAUAACUUGCUAACGUUACCAGACUGCAGCCACAGUGCAGAGAGCAAACAGCUUUUUACUGCGUCUCAAAUGGCAACCUGCUCACUAUAUAGUGCACUACUUUUGAUCCUGGCCCAUAGGGCUCUGGUCAAAAGUAGUGCACUAUAGGGAGUAGGUUGCCAUGUGGGAUGCACACAGAGGCCCUAUGUAGAUCAGACUAUCCAUGCAAAUCUCCACCAGAACAGAACAGCCCCACCACAGUAGACAGAGAGGGUAUUUACACCACAGUAGACAGAGAGGGUAUUUACACCACAGUAGACAGAGAGGGUAUUUACACCACAGGAGGAAAGAGAGGGUAUUUACACCACAGUAGACAGAGAGGGUAUUUACACCACAGUAGACAGAGAGGGUAUUUACACCACAGUAGACAGAGAGGGUAUUUACACCACAGUAGACAGAGAGGGUAUUUACACCACAGUAGACAGAGAAGGUAUUUACACCACAGUAGACAGAGAGGGUAUUUACACCACAGUAGACAGAGAGGGUAUUUACACCACAGGAGGAAAGAGAGGGUAUUUACACCACAGUAGACAGAGAGGGUAUUUACACCACAGUAGACAGAGAGGGUAUUUACACCACAGUAGACAGAGAGGGUAUUUACACCACAGUAGACAGAGAGGGUAUUUACACCACAGUAGACAGAGAGGGUAUUUACACCACAGUAGACAGAGAGGGUAUUUACACCACAGGAGGAAAGAGAGGGUAUUUACACCACAGUAGACAGAGAGGGUAUUUACACACAGUAGACAGAGAGGGUAUUUACACCACAGUAGACAGAGGGGGUAUUUACACACAGUAGACAGAGAGGGUAUUUACACCACAAUAGACAGAGAGGGUAUUUACACCACAGUAGACAGAGGGGGUAUUUACACCACAGUAGACAGAGAGGGUAUUUACACCACAAUAGACAGAGAGGGUAUUUACACCACAGUAGACAGAGAGGGUAUUUACACCACAGUAGACAGAGAGGGUAUUUACACACAGUAGACAGAGAGGGUAUUUACACCACAGUAGACAGAGAGGGUAUUUACACCACAGUAGACAGAGAGGGUAUUUACACCACAGUAGACAGAGAGGGUAUUUACACACAGUAGACAGAGAGGGUAUUUACACCACAAUAGACAGAGAGGGUAUUUACACCACAAUAGACAGAGAGGGUAUUUACACCACAUGAGGAAAGAGAGGGUAUUUACACCACAGUAGACAGAGAGGGUAUUUACACCACAGUAGACAGAGUGGGUAUUUACACCACAGUAGACAGAGAGGGUAUUUACACCACAGUAGACAGAGAGGGUAUUUACACACAGUAGACAGAGAGGGUAUUUACACCACAGGAGGAAAGAGAGGGUAUUUACACCACAGUAGACAGAGAGGGUAUUUACACACAGUAGACAGAGAGGGUAUUUACACCACAGUAGACAGAGAGGGUAUUUACACCACAGUAGACAGAGAGGGUAUUUACACCACAGGAGGAAAGAGAAAAGGUCAUCUUUGUGAUUUAUAUCCUUGCUGCUGUUUGACAGCCCAAAUGGCACCCUAUUCCAUAUAUAGUCAUUAUAUGGUGAUAACUACACCCUAUGGGCCCUGGUCACUAUAUACAUUUGAAGUCUAACUGCUGUGUCUCUUAUGCUGUCUAACUGCUGUGUCUCUUAUGCUGUCUAACUGCUGUGUCUCUUAUGCUGUCUAACUGCUGUGUCUCUUAUGCUGUCUGACUGCUGUGUCUCUUAUGCUGUCUAACUGCUGUGUCUCUUAUGCUGUCUGACUGCUGUGUCUCUUAUGCUGUCUAACUGCUGUGUCUCUUAUGCUGUCUGACUGCUGUGUCUCUUAUGCUGUCUAACUGCUGUGUCUCUUAUGCUGUCUAACUGCUGUGUCUCUUAUGCUGUCUAACUGCUGUGUCUCUUAUGCUGUCUGACUGCUGUGUCUCUUAUGCUGUCUAACUGCUGUGUCUCUUAUGCUGUCUGACUGCUGUGUCUCUUAUGCUGUCUAACUGCUGUGUCUCUUAUGCUGUCUGACUGCUGUGUCUCUUAUGCUGUCUGACUGCUGUGUCUCUUACGCUGUCUGACUGCUGUGUCUCUUAUGCUGUCUGACUGCUGUGUCUCUUAUGCUGUCUAACUGCUGUGUCUCUUAUGCUGUCUGACUGCUGUGUCUCUUACGCUGUCUAACUGCUGUGGAAUGUUGGAUGUACAGUUGAAGUCGGAAGUUUACAUACACUUAGGUUGGAGUCAUUAAAACUCGUUUUUCAACCACUCCACACGUCUUGUUAACAAACUAUAGUUUUGGCAAGUCGGUUAGGACAUCUACUUUGUGCAUGACACAAGUAAUUUUUCCAAUAAUUGUUUACAGACAGAUUAUUUCACUUAUAAUUCACUGUAUCACAAUUCCAGUGGGGUCAGAAGUUUACAUACACUAAGUUGACUGUGCCUUUAAACAGCUUGGAACAUUCCAGAAAAUGGAUGUCAUGGCUUUAGAAGCUUCUGAUAGGCUAAUUGACAUCAUUUGGCCUACAAACCUGACUCAGUUACACCAGCUCUGUCAGGAGGAAUGGGCCCAAAUUCACCCAACUUAUUGUGGGAAGCUUGUGGAAGGCUACCCGAAAUGUUUGACCCAAGUUAAACAAUUUAAAGGCAAUGCUACCAAAUACUAAUUGAGUGUAUGUAAACUUCUGACCCACUGGGAAUGUGAUGAAAGAAAUAAAUGCUGAAAUAAAUCAUUCUCUCUACUAUUAUUCUGACAUUUCACAUUCUUAAAAUAAAGUGGUGAUCCUAACUGACCUAAGACAGGGAAUUUUUUACUAGGAUUAAAUGUCAGGAAUUGUGAAAAACUGAGUUUAAAUGUAAUUGGCUAAGGUGUGUGUAAACUUCAGACUUCAACUGUAUAGAGAGAAGGGUACCAUUUGGGAUACAGCCUACCUCUGUGUGUUUCUCUCCCCGUUGGCAUCGCAAGCUAGUGUGACAGAAGUUACCAACACUUCAGCGGAAUUAGAAGGCGGAAUGGCGUGUGGGCUGUCUUCUGUGUUCUGUUGGGGGAAGCCAUCGCUACUUUAUGGUUCGUAAUAGCUGUUUUUAUCGCUGCUCUUACACCACUGGAGCAAGCAGACUGCUCGAGGAGAUCAUUACAAGUCUAUAGGAGAGAGUUAAGUUAGCACAUCAACUUGGUGUGUAAUGUGUAAAAGUUACAUUCAAGGGUUGUUUUUAGACCAAAAAAACAACAAAAAAAAGGUGAACGAUUGACUUCAAACUAUUUGGUUAUGGCAAAUUCCAAACACAUCAAAUCUAUCUAUUCCUCCUUUCCCCUGAAAGCAAAUAUUUGCUAGGAAAUUAGCACUGUGUGUGUGUGUGCGUCUGCCCGUGGUGUGUGUGUGUUGGUGUGUGUGUGUGUGUGUAUGUGUGUGUGCGUCUGCCCGUGGUGUGUGUGUGUGUGUGUGUGUGUGUGUGUAUGUGUGUGUGCGUGCGUCUGCCCGUGGUGUGUGUGUGUGUAUGUGUGUGUGCGUGCGAUGGUGUGUUGCGUGGUUGCCCUGUGGUGUGGGUGUGUGUGUGGUGAGUGCGUGGUGUGUUGGUGGUGUGUGGUGGUUGGCGUGGUGGUGUGUGUGUGUGUGUGUGUGUGUGUGUGUGUGCGUGCGUGCGUGGGCGUUGCGUGGUGUGGUGUGUGGUGUGUGUGUGGUGUGUGUGGUGUGCGUGAGUGCGUGCGUGCGUCUGCCCGUGGUUGUGUGUGUGUGUAUGUGUGUGUGCGUGCGUGCGUGUGUGCGUGCGUCUGCCCGUGGUGUGUGUGUGUGUGUGUGUGUGUAUGUAUGUGUGCGUGCGUGCGUGCGUGCGUGUGUGUGUGUGUGUGUGCGUGCGUGGGUGCGUGUGUGUGUGUGCGUGCGUCUGCCCGUGGUGUGUGUGUGUGUGUGGAGCAGAUGAAUCAUCUAAGUGGUUUCCAUUGAGAGCACAGCACAGCACAGCACAGCACAGCGCAGCGCAGCGCAGCGCAGCGCAUCAGGCCAGAUAACGUUCCUAAAGACAGUUCCCUGAACACGACUUCUGCACCUGACUGCUUUUCACACAUAUUAUAGGAUCAGGAUUUAUGACUGACACACAAUAAACAGGUUUUCCACGGGUCCUUAAAAAGUACAAAAUUAAUUUAUCUAAAUAAAAGGCCUUAAAAUGUCUUAAAUUGUCUUAAAUUCAGUUUUCGGCCGGAGAUGACUACAAUGUUUCUGCUAUGUUGUGCAGCUGCUUAAUUAUUGCAAUCCACGGCAAAAACGGAAGAAAAAAUGUUUCAGCAAAUUAUUAUGAUUUUCAAGAUUUUACAUUUACAUUUUAGUCAUUAUCCAGAGCGACUUACAGAAGCAAUUAGGGUUAAGUGCCUUGCUUAAGGGCACAUCGACAGAUUUUUCACCUAGUUGGCUCGGGGAUUAGAACCAGCGACCUUUCGGUUACUGGCACAACGCUCUUACCCACUAAGCUACCUGCCGCCCACAUGUAGCCUACGACUCUCUGUGUGUGCGCGUGAUGCUAAAGCGCUCCACAUGUAGCCUACGACUCUCUCUGUGUGUGCGCGUGAUGCUAAAGCGCUCCACAUGUAGCCUACGACUCUCUCUGUGUGUGCGCGUGAUGCUAAAGCGCUCCACAUGUAGCCUACGACUCUCUCUGUGUGUGCGCGUGAUGCUAAAGCGCUCCACAUGUAGCCUACGACUCUCUGUGUGUGCGCGUGAUGCUAAAGCGCUCCACAUGUAGCCUACGACUCUCUCUGUGUGUGCGCGUGAUGCCAGAUGAGAGAGCACGGCGAGUGAGGUAGGCUACAAAAUAGAUAGCCAAUUCAAAACAUUGCUUGUAAUUUGGCUAGUUAGCGAGUUCGUUAGAUAGCUAGUUAACUAUUUAGCUAUUAAAUGACAUGGUCAAACAGUAAAGGGCAUUGUCUUCAUUAAUCCUGUUCUGAAAGUGUCUACCCUGCCCAUGUGCCUGUUUCUCUGGGGCCUGCUGCAGUGAUAAUGAGCCGGCCAAUCUUUACUGCCCUGCUCACAGCGCUCAUGUAGAAACAAAAUGUGAUCUGAUUCUAGCUAUAAGAAAAAAAAAGUUGUUGUCACAGUUGAACAGUUGAAGAGAAGAUGUUCUCAGCUUUGUGCAGGAGGAUUUUUUUUUUUUUUCAGCUGUCUAUUUUACAACAGAGAUAUUGAUAUGGAUUUGAGAUACGGAGCGCGCUAAAUGAGCUUUGGCCAUUGUGAGCGCAUCGGCCUCUGCGAGCACAUCAGCCUUAAUUGGGUAUUACGCUAUGACAGCCAAAAACAUUUUGGGACAUUAAUAAUUACUUUACUGUUUCAACACAUGGCUAUUUCCAGUGACAUUUAUAUUUAGAGGUAAUGAUCUAGCUAAUGUGUUUUGAGUUUCCACUCACCCAGCUGGUGAAUUAGCACCAAAUAUAUUGGUUUGUGAUAUUAGUGCAGAUACCGAAGUAGACAAAUGAAUCUCUAUUGAAUUAAACAUAUUGAGUCAUAGUUUAACACUACAGUAUAAACACAAUAGCCUAAUUGUCAAAUUCAUGACAUCACUAGAUUAGGUUGCAGUGCACAUCAAAAUAUCUUCAAUCUUCAAUCAUGCAUUUCUGCUUAGUUGAAACAAGUUAUUUGAAUACCAUCUCAGUAGUCUAUUGCACUUCUUUAUUAAAGCACUGUGAAUGGUAUUAGAAGAUGAUUAGCCUACAAAUGUUUUCUUUUGUUGACAGCGUGAAACAAUAUGGGGAAAUUAGUAGGUUUAAUACCAAAAUUGGUAUUCAAUUGCAUUUCAAGUGGCCUUAAAAAGGUAUUUAAAAGUCUUAAAUUCAACUGGAUGGAACCUGCAGAUAAUGUGAAUAAAGCCAUGCUUUAGAUUGAUGCAUAAUAAUAUAAUGUUUAAGAUCCUCAAAAUCUAUCUAAUCCUUUAAGGAACAACGUCAAGUCAAGGUGCGCUAUGGGGACUGGAUAUUAUAAGAUUGUAUGAGGUUGUUUGUGUGUGUGUGUGUGUGUGUGUGUGUGUGUGUGUGUGUGUGUGAUUGUGUGUGUUGGUAAGUUUUGUUUAAUGUGUGAAGUCAAGUAUCCAGCUGAAUAAUACCCUGGUCUGUGUGCUUGUGAUUGGUGGUUUUCCCUGCCUGCCUGCAUGCAUCCAUAACCCAUCCACCCACACACUCCCUCCCUCUCUCUCUCUCUCUCCCCCUCUCUAUAGUGAGGACACAUCCAAGCAGCAAUUCUGACAUCUAAGAUACAAUAGAUACGGUGAAAUAGCAAAUAUUUUCUCAGCCUUUCAAAACUAUACUACCUAAUUCCAUAUAGUCUAACGUCUAAGAUAUACACAUUCAUUUAGGAACAUCUUAGAUGAAAUGGCAGAUAUUUUCUCAGCAAAAUUAUAGUAGCCAAUUCUAUCUAGUCCCCUAAUGACAACCCCCCCCCCCCCCCCCAUUUUUGUGUCACUGGCUAUUUGGACAAAUGACUGUAAACUAAUAUAUAUACAGUGGGGGAAAAAAGUAUUUAGUCAGCCACCAAUUGUGCAAGUUCUCCCACUUAAAAAGAUGAGAGAGGCCUGUAAUUUUCAUCAUAGGUACACGUCAACUAUGACAGACAAAAUUAGAUUUUCUUUCUCCAGAAAAUCACAUUGUAGGAUUUUUAAUAAUUUUAUUUGCAAAUUAUGGUGGAAAAUAAGUAUUUGGUCAAUAACAAAAGUUUCUCAAUACUUUGUUAUAUACCCUUUGUUGGCAAUGACACAGGUCAAACGUUUUCUGUAAGUCUUCACAAGGUUUUCACACACUGUUGCUGGUAUUUUGGCCCAUUCCUCCAUGCAGAUCUCCUCUAGAGCAGUGAUGUUUUGGGGCUGUCACUGGGCAACACGGACUUUCAACUCCCUCCAAAGAUUUUCUAUGGGGUUGAGAUCUGGAGACUGGCUAGGCCACUCCAGGACCUUGAAAUGCUUCUUAUGAAGCCCUUCGUUGCCCGGGCGGUGUGUUUGGGAUCAUUGUCAUGCUGAAAGACCCAGCCACGUUUCAUAUUCAAUGCCCUUGCUGAUGGAAGGACGUUUUCACUCAAAAUCUCACGAUACAUGACCCCAUUCAUUCUUUCCUUUACACGGAUCAGUCGUCCUGGUCCCUUUGCAGAAAAACAGCCCCAAAGCAUGAUGUUUCCACCCCCAUGCUUCACAGUAGGUAUGGUGUUCUUUGGAUGCAACUCAGCAUUCUUUGUCCUCCAAAUACGACGAGUUGAGUUUUUACCAAAAAGUUAUAUUUUGGUUUCAUCUGACCAUAUGACAUUCUCCCAAUCCUCUUCUGGAUCAUCCAAAUGCACUCUAGCAAACUUCAGACGGGCCUGGACAUGUACUGGCUUAAGCAGGGGGACACGUCUUGCACUGCAGGAUUUGAGUCCCUGGCGGCGUAGUGUGUUACUGAUGGUAGGCUUUGUUACUUUGGUCCCAGCUCUCUGCAGGUCAUUCACUAGGUCCCCCCGUGUGGUUCUGGGAUUUUUGCUCACCGUUCUUGUGAUCAUUUUGACCCCACGGGGUGAGAUCUUGCGUGGAGCCCCAGAUCGAGGGAGAUUAUCAGUGGUCUUGUAUGUCUUCCACUUCCUAAUAAUUGCUCCCACAGUUGAUUUCUUCAAACCAAGCUGCUUACCUAUUGCAGAUUCAGUCUUCCCAGCCUGGUGCAGGUCUACAAUUUUGUUUCUGGUGUCCUUUGACAGCUCUUUGGUCUUGGCCAUAGUGGAGUUUGGAGUGUGACUGUUUGAGGUUGUGAACAGGUGUCUUUUAUACUGAUAACAAGUUCAAACAGGUGCCAUUAAUACAGGUAACGAGUGGAGGACAGAGGAGCCUCUUAAAGAAGAAGUUACAGGUCUGUGAGAGCCAGAAAUCUUGCUUGUUUGUAGGUGACCAAAUACUUAUUUUCCACCAUAAUUUGCAAAUAAAUUCAUUAAAAAUCCUACAAUGUGAUUUUCUGGAUUUUAUUUCUCAAUUUGUCUAUAGUAGUUGACGUGUACCUAUGAUAAAAAUUACAGGCCUCUCUCAUCUUUUUAAGUGGGAGAACUUGCACAAUUGGUGGCUGACUAAAUACUUUUUUUCCCCACUGUACAUACAUACAGCACAUUCUGAAAAUAUUCAGACCCCUUGACGUUUUCCACAUUUCGUUACGUUACAGCCUUAUUCUAAAAUGGAUUAAAUUGUUUUUUCCCCUCAUCAAUCUACACACAAUACCCCAUAAUGACAACGGCAAAAACUGUUUUCAGAAAUGUUUACAAAUUAAAAUCGCACCUUUGGCAGCGAUUACAGCCUUGAGUCUUCUUGGGUAUGACGCUACAAGCUUGGCACACCUGUAUUUGGGGAGUUUCUCCCAUUGUUCUCUGCAGAUCCUCUCAAGCUCUGUCAGGUUGGAUGGGGAGCAUCAUGCACAGCAAUUUUCAGGUCUCGCCAGAGAUGUUAGAUCGGGUUGAAGUCCGGGCUCUGGCUGGGCCACUCAAGGACAUUCAGAGACUUGUCCCGAAGACACUCCUGCAUUGUCUUGGCUGUGUGCUUAGGGUCGUUGUCCUGUUGGAAGGUGAACCUUUGCCCCCCAGUCUGAAGUCCUGAGCGCUCUGGAGCAGGUUUUCAUCAAGGAUCUCUCUGUACUUUGCGCCGUUAAUCUUUCCCUCGAUCCUGACUAGUCUCCCAGUCCCUGCCGCUGAAAAACAUCCCCACAAUAUGAUGCUGCACCACCAUGCUUCACCGUAGGGAUGGUGCCAGGUUUCCUCCAGACGUGACGCUUGGCAUUCAGGCCAAAGAGUUCAAUCUUGGUUUCAUCAGACCAGAGAAUCUUGUUUUAGUCCUUUAGGUGCCUUUUGGCAAACUCCAAGCAGGCUGUCAUCUGCCUUUUACUGAGGAGUGGCUUCCGUCUGGCCACUACCAUAAAGGCCUGAUUGGUGGAGUGCUGCAGAAAUGGUUGUCCUUCUGGAAGGUUCUCCCAUCUCCACAGAGGCACUCUGGAGCGCUGUCAGAGUGACCAUCAGGUUCUUGGUCACCUCCCUGACAAAGGUUCUUCUCCACCGAUUGCUAAGUUUGGCCGGGCGGCCAGCUCUAGGAAGAGUCUUGGUGGUUUCAAAUUUCUUUCAUUUAGGAAUGAUGGAGGCCACUGUGUUCUUGGGGACCUUCAAUGCUGCAGACAUUUUUUGGUACGCUUCAAUGCUGCAGACAUUUUUUGGUACCCUUCCCCAGAUCUGUGCCUCGACACAAUCCUGUCUCGGAGCUCUACGGACAAUUCCUUCGACCUCAUGGCUUGGUUUUUGCUCUGACAUGCACUGUCAACUGUGGGACCUUAUAUAGACAGGUGUGUGCCUUUCCAAAAUCAUGUCCAAUCAAUUGAAUUUACCACAGGUGGACUCCAAUCAAGUUGUAGAAACAUCUCAAGGAUGAUCAAUGGAAACAGGAUGCACCGGAGCUCAAUUUCAAGUCUCAUGGCAAAGGGUCUGAAUGCUUAUGUAAAUAAGGUAUUUCUGUUUUUUAUUUGUAAUACAUUUGCCAAAAAAAAUAAAAAAACGGUUUUCGCUUUGUCAUUAUGGGGUAUUGUGAGUAUAUUGAGAAUGUUUUGUUAUUUAAUCCAUUUUAGAAUAAGGCUGUAACGUAACAAUGUGUGGAAAAAGUCAUUGGGUCUGAAUACUUUCCGAAUGCACUGUAUACGGUACCUGGAGUCUUGGAGGAGAGGGGAUAGGUAGCCCACAGACAUAGUCUCUCUGUCUAUUGCAAAACAUUUGAAAGGAAAGAAACGUCAGACUUUCUGUGAUUCGGGUCGGUUGCCUAAUUACAUCAAGGUUUCCAGUGAAGUCAAUCUGGGCGAGCUAAAAGGCUUAGAGUGAGAUUCAGAGAGAUAGAGAGAUGACUGGGGUUAUGGGUGUGGAUGGAUGAAAGGAGAGGAGGGAGCGAGAGAAUGUGUGGGUGAAGGGGAGAGAGAGAGAGAGAGAGAGAGAGAGAGAGAGAAUGUUCUACCCAGCCCUUUAGGGGUGAGUGUGUGCGUGCGUGUCUGGUCUCCAUUGAGUUUAUUAGCAGAUCUAAUUAAGAAAGGGAUAAUUACUGUAGCUGGGCAGAGCUGGCCUGGGCAUCCAAUGAGCUCUCACAGUCUCACUUCAGAAUCCGACAUUCGUCCAAUGACGAGGUUAAGUUUAGGCAUUCAUUCCAGAAUAAAAAAGAUUUGGGAUAAGUUUCAAACAACAACAACAACAACAACAACAAGAGGGAUUGAACAUGCGACCCUCAGAGCUCGCGGAUUACACCUAUCCGUCAUCCCCGGGCGGUAAUAGCGCUCACCGUUGCCCCUUGCGGCUGGUUUUUAAGUAAUCUCCCAACAUCCUGGGUACCUGGAUCUUAAGCGACCUGGCUGGAGCGUCGGUCGUCACUGACAGGGAGAGAGAGAGGGACGGGGAUCUGGACUGAUCUGGUGGAUACACUGCUACCACACCUGGAUUCCAAUAUAUUUGAUUUCUUUUAAACACCUGAACUGAACUAUGCUUUAUUGAGUUGGCCAAGGAAACACUAUUUGAACCCAGGUCUGUCUGCCUGUCUGUCUGUCUGCCUUCCUGUCUGUCUGUCUCUCUCUCUCUCUCUGUCUGUACAGCUACAUCAGAAUACUGUUUCCACAACGUGAGAGAGACCACACCCACAUCACAUCAACAUUUUUUAUUGGUCGCGUACACAGAUUAGCAAAUGAAAUGCUUGUGUUUCUAGGUCCAACUGAGCAGUAAUAUCUAACGCUCUGGAUAAGAGCGUCUGCUAAAUGACUAAAAUCUAGUGUUUCUAGCUCCAACAGUGCAGUAAUACCUAGCUAAAUGCUUGUGUUUCUAGAUCCAACAGUGCAGUAAUACCUAAUGCUUGUGUUUCUAGAUCCAACAGUGCAGUAAUACCUAAUGCUUGUGUUUCUAGCUCCAACAGUGCAACUACCUGCCGCCCCCCUACCUAGCUACCUGCCGCCGCUACCCUAGCUACCUGCCGCCGGGUACCUAGCUACCUCCCCGCUACCCACCUACUCCCUGCCGCCGCUACCCUCCGGGUACCCUGCCGCCUCUAACCUAGAUCCAAAAUGGCAGAAUACCUAAUGCUUGUGUUUCUAGCUCCAACUGAGCAGUAAUAUCUAGCAAUACAUUAACAAUACACACAUAAUCCCAAAAGAAAGAAAAAAACAUCUGAGCAAUAUCAUAACAUCACACACACGGUAAAGCCAUGAUCGAUGAUGCAGUUGAUCUAGCCCUGGGAGGUAAGGUGUGUGUGUGUGGCUGCCUGUGUGUGUGUCUGCCUGUGUGUGUGUCUGCCUGUGUGUGUGUCUGCCUGUGUGUGUGUCUGCCUAUGUGUGUGUCUGCCUGUGUGUGUGUCUGCCUGUGUGUGUGUCUGCCUAUGUGUGUGUCUGCCUGUGUGUGUGUCUGCCGUGUGUGUGUGCCUGUGGCUGUGUGUGUGUGUGUGUGUCUGCCUGUGUGUGUGUCUGCCUGUGUGUGUGGCUGCCUGUGGCUGUGUGUGUGUGUGUGUGUCUGCCUGUGUGUGUGUCUGCCUGUGUGUGUGUGGCCUGUGGCGUGUGUGUGGUGUGUGAUCUGCCUGUGUGUGUGUGUCUGCCUGUGUGUGUGUGCCUGUGGCUGUGUGUGUGUUGUGUGUCUGCCUGUGUGUGUGUCUGCCUGUGUGUGUGGUGCCUGUGCUGUUGUGUGUGUGUGUCUGCCUGUGUGUGUGUCUGCCUGUGUGUGUGUGUGGCUGUGGCUGUGUGUGUGUGCCUGUGUGUGUGUGUGCGUGUGUGCGUAUGCGUGUGUGUGUAUGCAGGCUGGUCACUAGAAACACAUGUCGAUUUCAGACGUUUGAAACGGUCCUGAGGAUGUCAAUAUAUGUCAGCACUGGGCUCAAACUCAGAGCCAGAGUGCUGCUUAGACCACUGGCCACAGCAGUUCACAAUGCUUUAGCAAGCAGGGAGAGUACUUGAUGAUACUAAAUGGAAUCAGCACAUUUCUUUUUUUUUUUUACAAUUAUUUAGUUCUGUGCUUUCCCUAAACCAUAGCCUUAACCACUCAGUAUUAAUACCUAAAUUUAACCCUUUGAAUUGUUUCUGUUUUAACCCUGUAACCACGUGGAAUGAACCCUGUAACCACGUGGAAUGAACCCUGUAACCACGCGGAAUGAACCCUGUAACCACGCGGAAUGAACCCUGUAACCACGCGGAAUGAACCCUGUAACCACGCGGAAUGAACCCUGUAACCACGUGGAAUUAAUGGGUUAAUGGGUCAAAAAUCUACGUUCAUCCAAUUCCAUCAAAUUAAGUGAAGUAAAACUAUGCGAUCGGGUUGGUGUGUGUGUGUGUGUGUGUGUGUGUGUGUGUGUGUAGAGCCACAUAUGCCUGUGCAGCAGGGAGGGAUGUGAGUCCCAGUAUUUAACAGUAAUGUAGUGCUGAGGUAACACAGGGACUCUGCCAGUCUACAGCCAGCUGGGGAGGAAGGAACAGAGAUAACCAGGGAAAGAAAGAGAGAAACUGAGCAAAAAAGAUUGUGGUGAGAAAGAAAAGUGGAGGAAGGAGUAUGACAAAAACAGAGGAUGAGGAAAGGGAGAAAGGAGAGGGAGAGAUAGAAGAGUGAAACGGGGGGGAGGGAGAAGGACAGAGGGAGAGAGAGAGAACACCUGAUGAAAUGACACCAUGAAAGAGAGACACCCAACAAGAGUAGAAGAAGAAAUGAGAUGGGGAGUCUGCUUUCUGACUCAUCCUCCUCCAUCUCCUCAGCCUUGAGAAAAGAACAAGAAAGAAAGAAAGAAGGA